AAUAGGUACUAAGCAGAUUAGACCGAAGGCUACGGUACACAUUUUGGAAUGUAGAGAAAAAGUUAUAUUAAAAAUGUUUCAGAAGAAGUGGAUGGAAUUGAGUGCAUGAACAGUAUUAGGUGUUGCUUGUGCAAAUUUAACGUCUGUCUAUUGCCUACAUUUGUUUCAGGCGUCAAUUGCUGUAUUGCUGUGUUGAACUUCUAUCGCAACUAAUUUUCCUUACUAACUUUCAGUUCUGUAUUGUUUUAAAGUUGGCUUCAAUUUCAGUGUAAAUAUUUUAUCGGACGACUGAUGGAUGAUGACUUUUUUGUGCAUUCCUUGUUCGUGAUAUAAUUCAAAAACCAAACUCUUUAUUAAUGUUUAGUAACUGACAAAAGAUUAGUGAGGGGCUGUACGGUUUCUAUACGUCAUGACCGAACAAGAUAUAGACUUUGAAAGUUUGCCUGCUGAUGUUAAAGAUAAACUAGCAGAAUUAGAACUAGAACUUUCUGAAGGUGAUAUAACCCAGAAAGGAUAUGAAAAGAAAAGAGCAAAAUUACUGGCUCCUUAUAUGCCAGCUCGUAGUGCAGGUGCUGCAAGUCCUUCUACAAGAGCCAAAAGAAGAGCUCAGCGCAGGCUUACAAGAAAUGAAAGCAGAUACCAUUCAGAGGUGCGUCAAGAAGCUGUACAACAGGCUCUUGCUGCUAUGCAGAGCAGGCCAAAACCGUCAGUCCCAAUGCCAUCUAAAAGAACCUCAGUUAUGGCCACAUCACCUUCUAGGGAACGCAGGGCAUCAGAUUCUUCAUCAGAUGAUGAUAGUGCUCUUAAUGAAGGUAGCACUCCAGAGCAAGAGCAUUUGCCUCAUUCUAUUCAUCAGGCAACAACAUCUCAGUCAGACACUUCCAGCACCUCUUCCACCAGGGAAACUCCUUCUCCACAGCAGUGGUACAAUGGAAGACCCAACAAAGUUGAUGAUUACUGGGCUCAUCAUGGUGGUUGCGCUAGUCCUAUGACAAAUCUUGCCGAUGUUAUGCAAAAUCUCACUCCUAGUUUAAAUGUGCAACCAGAUGUCACUAAUACUUCAGGAGAAGUAACAAGGUGGACAUCUGCUGAUCAUGUAAAUCGUUACAAUCAAGCUCAUAUGACAUCAGUUCGUAUCACUCAUCAUUCCUCUACUGGGCUCAGUUAUGAUACAGGAACUGGGAAGUGGAAAGUCUCUGCCAAAAUUCAACAACUUCUAAAUACUUUGAAGAGACCAAAAAGAAGACCUUUACCAGAAUUCUAUGUAGAUGAUGAAUCUGAUUUAGAAACUAAGCAGCUAGAUCCUAAUGCUCCAAGGCCUGAGGGAAACAUAAUGGUACCUAUCACUGGAGAGGAGCUUUUAGUUCCGUCAGGUCUUCCCCUUACUUGUGAAGCAGCUAUCAAAAGGUACGGAUCUGGAACAUUUAAAGCUCCUGCAGCAACUGUGUUAGAUACUGCUGGGAAAAUUAGUAAUCCUUUAACUUAUGGUAAAUUAUUAAGUCGCUCCCAAAAAAUUGGAUAUAGCCUUUUAAAUAAAAUUGGUCAAAAAGGUGAAACUGGUAUAAAACCUGGUGAUCGAGUGGCAUUGGUAUACCCUAACAGCGACCCACUGUCAUUUAUGUGUGCAUUUUAUGGGUGUGUCACUGCUGGAGUAGUACCUGUUCCUAUUGAAGUACCUCUUACUAGGAGGGAUGCUGGGUCUCAGCAGAUAGGUUUCUUACUAGGAAGUUGUGGUGUAAGUUAUGCUCUAACUUCUGAAGCAUGCUACAAGGGGCUUCCUAAAACUGCCACUGGUGAUAUUCAUACUUUUAGAGGAUGGCCAAAAUUAAAUUGGGUUGUCACUGAGCACUUGAGUAAGCCUCCUAAAGACUGGAUGCCUCCCUCAAGAUUAACAGAAGAAACACCUGCAUAUAUUGAGUAUACUGUUGACAAAGAAGGAGCAAUGAAAGGUGUUGCUAUUACACGAAUAGCUAUUGCUAAUCACUGCAGAUUGCUAACUGCAGCUUGUAAUUAUACUGAAGGGGAAGUGAUGGUUUGUGUGUUAGAUUUCAAGAGAGAUGUUGGACUGUGGCACAGCAUCCUUACUAGUGUUUUGAAUGGCAUGCAUGUUAUAUUUAUACCAUAUGCUCUGAUGAAAGUGAAUCCUGCAUCCUGGUUGAUAAUGAUUACGAAGUUCAAAGCAAGCGUUGCAAUAUGUAAAUCAAGAGAUUUGCAUUGGGGUUUAUUAGCAACCAAAGACCACAAAGAUGUUAAUCUUAGCUCAUUAAGGCUACUUCUUAUAGCAGAUGGAUCUAACCCUUGGUCUUUAUCAUCUUGCGAUCAGUUUAUCAGUGUAUUUCAUAGUCGUGGUCUACGACCUGAUGCUGUGUGCCCAUGUGCAGCCUCACCAGAAGGUCUUACAGUAUCUGUAAGAAGGCCUGGUCAAAUAUUGGGCCCUGUUUCUUGUGGCAGAGGUGUUCUAUCUAUGUCUGCCUUGAGCUAUGGUGUUAUAAGAGUGGAUCAAGAAAAUAGUUUAACAUCAUUAACGCUACAAGAUUGUGGUCAAAUAAUGCCUGGAGCAUUUGCUGCAAUUGUUGCUGUUAAUGGACCUCCGUUUCUCUGCAAGACUGAUGAAGUUGGAGAAAUUUGUGUUAGUUCAUAUGGAACAGCGUCAUCUUAUUGGGGUUUACAAGGACUCACUAACACUAUUUUUAAGAUGCAACCAUUAUGUGCCGAUGGACAGCCUGUGAAUGAUCAAAAUUGGGUGCGAACUGGGUUACUUGGUUUCAUUGGUCCUGGAGGUUUAGUGUUCGUCUGUGGGACACGAGAUGGUCUUAUGCAAGUUAGUGGCAGAAAACAUAAUACAGAUGAUAUCAUUGCAACUGUAUUGGCAGUGGAACCAAUGAAGUUCAUUUAUCGAGGAAGGAUUGCAGUGUUUUCUGUGAAAGUGUUGCGAGAUGAAAGAAUAUGUGUCAUUGCUGAGCAAAGACCAGAUUGCGCUGAAGAAGAGAGCUUUCAAUGGAUGAGUAGAGUUUUACAGGCUGUUGAUAGUAUCCAUCAAGUUGGAAUAUAUUGCUUAGCUUUGGUUUCUCCAAACUGCUUACCAAAAACACCAUUAGGUGGCAUUCAUCUCUCAGAAACUAAAAGACGAUUUUUAGAGGGAAGUUUACACCCUGCUAAUGUUCUUAUGUGUCCUCAUACUUGUGUGACAAAUUUACCUAAACCAAGAGAAGUUCAUCCAGAAGUUGGCCCUGCUUCAGUCAUGGUUGGUAAUAUGGUACAAGGUGUGCGUCUUGCCUCAGCUCAAGGUCGUGAUAUUGGUAUAAUUGAUGAUGACAGUGAUACUGCUAGGAAAUACCAGUUUAUAUCAGAGAUACUGAAGUGGAGAGUAACAACUACUGCUGAUCAUGUAAUUUUUACACUUUUUAAUGCUAAGGGUGGAAUUACUGGAACGCUGACUUGCUCUCAGCUUCACAAAAGAGCUGAAAGAGUUGCAUGUAUGUUACUAGAAAAGGGUAAACUGAAUACAGGUGACCAUGUGGCACUAAUUUAUCCACCUGGCUUGGAUCUAAUUUGUGCAUUUUAUGGUUGCUUAUAUGUAGGUGUAGUUCCAGUUACUAUCAGGCCACCUCAUCCUCAGAACUUACAAACUACUUUGCCAACAGUAAGAAUGAUAGUGGAUGUUAGCAAAUCAGUUCUUAUUUUAUCAACUGCUGCCAUUUCGAAACUGUUAAAGUCCAAGGAAGCUGGAAAUGUCGUCGAUGCAAAAUCAUGGCCACUUAUCUUGGACACUGAUGACAUUCCAAAGAAAAAGUUAACAAGCAUUUACAGAGCGCCAACUCCGGAAAUGAUUGCAUAUUUAGAUUUUAGUGUAAGCACAACGGGAAUGCUUGCUGGAAUAAAGAUGUCUCAUGCUGCCUCAACAUCCCUUUGUAGGAGUAUGAAACUAGCUUGUGAGUUGUAUCCCUCUCGUCAUAUUGCACUUUGCCUUGAUCCUUAUUGUGGAUUAGGUUUUGCUCUCUGGUGUUUGAAUAGUGUGUAUUCAGGACAUCAUACAAUACUAAUUCCACCAUCAGAAGUUGAAAUAAAUCCUGCUCUGUGGUUGUCUACAAUUAGUCAAUAUAAAGUUCGUGAUACAUUUUGCUCUUAUGGAGUCAUGGAACUUUGUACUAAGGGGCUAGGAUCAUCAAUAACACAGUUAAAGCAGAGAGGGAUCAAUCUGAGCUGUGUCAGAACAUGUGUUGUUGUUGCUGAAGAGAGACCAAGAGUUGGGCUCACAACUUCAUUUUCUAAAUUGUUUUCUGGUUUAGGAUUGUCUCCCAGAGCUGUGAGCACAAGUUUUGGCUGUCGUGUAAAUGUUGCAAUUUGUCUUCAAGGUGCAUCUAGUCCUGAUCCCACUGCAGUUUAUGCUGACAUGAGAGCUUUGCGCAAUGAUCGAGUGACUUUGGUUGAGAGGGGAGCUCCACAUAGCUUAUGUUUGAUGGAAUCCGGGAAACUAUUGCCUGGAGUGAAAGUAGUCAUUGCAAAUCCAGAAACAAAAGGGCAGUGUGGUGAUUCACAUCUUGGAGAAAUUUGGGUACAAUCAGCACAUAAUGCUAGUGGUUAUUUUACCAUUUAUGGUGAUGAUUCUCUUCAUAAUGACCAUUUUAAUGUAAGGUUAAUAACAGGUGAUUCAUCCCAGACUUACGCACGAACGGGCUACCUUGGAUUUUUAAGGCGGACAGAGUGUGUUCAAGCAGAUGGUGAACUGCAUGAUGCAGUUUUUGUAGUUGGAUCUUUGGAUGAAACUGUUAUGCUUAGAGGAAUGAGAUACCAUCCAAUAGAUAUUGAAAACAGUGUUUUAAGGUGCCAUAAAAAAGUGUCUGAGUGUGCUGUUUUUACCUGGACUAACCUGCUUGUUGUAGUGGUAGAACUGGACGGCAAUGAGAAUGAAGCAUUAGAUCUGGUACCCCUAGUCACAAAUGUAGUUUUGGAAGAACACCAGUUAAUUGUAGGUGUUGUUGUAGUAGUCGAUCCAGGAGUUGUGCCUAUAAACUCCAGAGGAGAGAAACAGCGAAUGCACUUGCGUGAUGGAUUUUUAGCAGAUCAACUAGAUCCAAUAUAUGUAGCCUACAAUAUGUGAGCCAUUAAUCUUCAAAAUUUUGUUAUUUUACGUGGCCUACAGAAGAAUACCAAAAUGUGAAAAUAUGGACUACUGGAUAUUGAAAAGUAUGAGUAUGCUUUUAGCUGUGAUUUCUUAGAAAGGCAUUUCUUAUAUUAACUAUGAAAAUGAAUCAUGUUGGCUGCUAUGGUCAACACUUGAGCUGAGAAUUAAAGUCAUGGACAGUAUAGGAAAAAAUAAUCAAGUAUUGUAGUACAUAGUGCUCUAAAUGUUAAACUGAAAAUUAAAUUAAUCCAAAUUGUUUAGUCUUUUGUAUAUGAUCGCUGUGAUUUUUGUCUCUCAUGUUUCAUGUUUUUGAUGGGGGGAUUUUUUUAUUUGUCUGUGACAAACUAGAUAAUGUAAUUUAACAGUUGCUGUUCUAUUUAUGUUAGCCGUAAAAAUAGAUUUCAGGUGCAAAUUGACAACUAUUUUGAAUCUCUCAUUCUGUUUUCUUGAAGUACAAGAUCAGAAUCAUUGGUUGUUAAAUGUCAAAGUAAUUAUACAUUAUUUUAUUGAAUAAGAUUCAGUGUUUUCUCUUUUUUAUGCUUCCGUGAUAAGUUUUCUGUUUGAUUAUUUUUCAUUUUUAAUGAGAUUAUACUGCAUUUGUUUAAUAUAUGUUUUUAUAAGUAGAGAACUUUUAAAUUAUCAAAAAUAUUUAUACUGACAUUAGUGGACUAUAUUUGUAUAUAUUACUUUAUUCUUUCAUUAGCACAUUAUUGUCACUAUUUGCUACAAAUGAAAACUUCUUAAUUUAUUUUAUACUGCUUGUGAAUUGUAAAAAUUAUGUUAUGUUCCUACUGAAGUGCGAGUCAAACUUGAGCAUUUUUGUCAACUUUAAAUAACAAUUGCAUAAUGAAGUUGUGGUCAUAUGUAAACACUGAAAUAUUGUUAAAAGGUCACCGCUUUAUUAUGUGAUUAAUGCUGCAUAAAAUCAUUUGAUUUUUUUUAUUCGUGUUGGAAUAGACUUGAAAUCCAUUGUGUUUUAGGUUCAAUUUUUUUUAACUCCAGAUGCUUAAAAAAUUAAAUAUCUUAUAAUUAUGGUGCUGAAAAAUACUAAUUUAUUGUAUAAAAUGUCGAGUGAAACUGAAUUUAACUUGCUUUUAAUAAUUCAAAUAUUGAUGAUUGUCAUGAUAAAAAGUGUUUAUUGUGCAUUGUUUAGAGUAAAUUAUGGACUAGUAAAGUGAUGACAUUUAUCGAAAUAGCAGACAUUAUAUUAUUCUGAAUUUGUAUAGCAAUUGAAGUAUGUUGUUAAAUAGCAAUUGAAGGUGCUAUUAAUCUCUUCUUAUCAUCACUUCUUAUUUGAAUGUUUCUUUCAAGAUGUAAUACUUAUCUGCUGCUACAUGCUUGCUGUAGUAAUAAAUUAUAUAUAUUUUUUUUAAGAAUUUAACACUAGAACUAUCAGCGUUUAAUAUAUACAUAUUUCUACCUUGGAGAAAAGUCUGUCAUUUGGUAAACUGAUAGUUCUAGUGUAAAAUUUUGGCAUAAUUUGUGUAACUGGGAAAUUCAAGUUAUAGAAUUCAAUCUGCAAAUGAAGUAAAAAUAUCUAUCUGGAUGAAAAUUUGCAUAUUUUUUGCUUCUUCAUUUGAAGCAGGAAAAUAGAUACUAAUAGUUUUAUUUUGUAUGUCAACUGUCAUAAAAAAUGUAUGGCUUCUUAAAGCAUAGUAUUAUAUAUAAAAUGCCUUUGCCUGUCUGAUAUCUUUAACCAUUCCUGUGUGUUUAAUUUCUGUUCAUCAUAGCUAUAUAGUUGUGUAAAACGAGUGAGUGUUUUGGUUAACCACACACGUGUAUUAAAUAUGUGCUGGUUUUAUUGCAGUUGUGAAAUUAAAAAUUUUUAAACUUGUUAAAUUGUAUGUCAAACUCAUUUGUGCUUUCUGUUAAUAAAUAGCAUUGUAUAGAAAAAUGAUUUCCCUACUUGAAUUUAAAUAAAUUUACAUAUCAUGUGCUUGAACUGUCUUAAAUAUUAAAAAAGCUUAAGUGUAUUUUACAAAAGGAUAAAUGUCAAUUAUUAAAAUUCCAUUAAAAAUUGUGUUUAAAUUGUAUAGUUAUUACCAGCACUUUUUUCAUUGCUUGUCAUACAUUUACUCCCUUCAUUUGUUCAGUGACAUUGCUUGACUUUAAAAUGGCAAGUUAAUUUGUGAAUAACUGCAGAUCUGUUUUGAAGUAAAUUAUAUGAAUAUUUGAUUAAUAUAUCUAAUUACUUCUACAUUUCAGUACUAAUUCUUUCUUAAGUUCUGGAAGUUUGAACUCUAAAGCUUUAUAUUAAUAAUUCAAAUGAUGUGAAGCAGUGAAUCAUCUUCCUUUUAUUAUGAAAUUUUGUGGCACUUCAGAAUAGUAGAAAUGGUUUGCUGUAUCAUUCUGAGCAUCACAGGGUUUGAUUGUUUGCAAUGUAAUUUUUCAUACUUAUGCACAUUUCUCCUUUAAUAUUAAAAUUAUUCUCAAAUAAUAAAACUUAAUUAUCUUAGUGCCUGGGGAAUUCUCCCCCAUAUUGCAUACUUUUAAGUAUUUAUGUAAUUCAAGUGUUUAGUGUACAUUUGUAUUUUUCUAUAAAAAUGCAUCUAAUAAUUUAAUGGUAAUAUUAGCUUUGGAUUUGCCUCGUGAAAUCAUCAUUUUGUCAUCUAAUGUGACUAUAUUAUCUAAAAUUUACAAGACGAUUGCAGUUUAAGUGCAGUGUAUAUUCAUUUGUAAGUCUGAACCUUGAGAGACAGGUAAUAUCUUAAGCAAAUUGAAAUAUGCUUUCUAGAUUGUGUAAUAAGUGGCUUUCAAUUGGAAUUUUAUAGAAGUACCGUUUUCUUUUUGUGUUAUUUAAUUUGAUAGUUUUAGAAAAACUGUGUUCAGUGUAAUCAUUAUGCCAAAGUAUUUUUGUAUUGCUGCUAUAUUUGUUAAAUCAUUUUUACAUAUCAUAUACAUUUUUUCUUUUGUAGUUUGUUUUAAAUCAUAAUUUCAUAAUUCUGACUUAGGAUUAAAUCCCUCUGACUUUUAUCUAUGUUUAAAUGAUAUAUAAAUAUGUAUGAAAUUAAUGCUUAGCUAAAUCUAUCAUUUUGGUUUUAAGCUAACACCAAAUGAUUGAUUUCUUAUUCAGAGUUUGAUGUUGUUAUAUUUAACAUUUUGAAAUUUGUCAUUUAUGCAUGUAACUAAUUUUUAAUUUGCUGGAGAUUUUAUUAAUUUUGCUGUAUUCAGAAUAUGUAACUGAAGUAAGAUAGUGAGUUUUUUUUUUCUUACGAGAGAAAAAUGGAUAAAAUAUCGAUUUUUUAAAAUUUAUUUCUUUUGAUGAAUCUGUCGUUUAUUUACAUUCAAUGAAACAUCUACUGCACACCCUCUUCCAGCAAAUAUUUGGUGAAUGAUAGAUACUCUUGAAAUUCAAGAUAAUGUGGCAAAAAUAUUUAUUUGCAGAGUUUAAAAUAGUCGCCAGAUGAUGUAUUAUUAUUAGGUUAUCUAUUUGGCAUUUAAAAAAGUAUUUUGAGGGAUCUUUUUGUAAUAUUCAUGUAUGCUUGAGCAAAUAACUUAUUUAAUAAAAGACAAAGCUAUUUAAAUUUAGAAAUUUUUCUGAGAAAUGUUUUGAAGAUUAUAUUAUUGUAUUAUAGUGUGCUUUCAAUUCAGUAUUCAGAAAAACUGUCAUGAAAGCUGAAUUAGAUAUUUAAGACCAGGAAUACAGCCUUUUAGACUACUGUCAGAUAUUAUGAGGGCUAUCUUAUUGACUUUCAUUUUUAGUUUUUCAUGAUGCUAGUGAUCUAAAAUUUUAAAUGUCAAUCAGCAUCCUAAUAAUAUCUUGCAUUUUAAAAUUUAGUUCUGUUUUACAUGGAAGGUACUAUAUUCAAUGAUUGUUUGAAAGUUACUUGAAUGUAGAAAUUUGCUUUAUAUAAUCUUUCAAUAAUAUCUGAAGUAGCAUAUAAUGAGCCAGUUUUUAAAAAAUGUUGUUUAUAGGAAGAGGGUUUAAUAAAACAGUGUUUAUACUUAAUUUAAUAGCUUUAAGAAGAGAUACAUGUUCUAUGAAAAUGUUUAAAAGCAGAUUGAUCGUGUAUUUUGUUAAACCUGUAUGUCUAUUCCCAACACAGUUGAGUAAAGCCAGUUAUCAUAGUAAUCUGUGAUAACUUGCAGUUCACUGCAAGAUUUGUAAAAUUUUUAUGUAAAAUUGAAAUUAUUAUGUGUACUGUGUUCCCUUGUUUCCAUUUUUGUUCAGCUGAACUGUUCCAAUUUUUAUUGUGAAUCUUGGAAAAAGGAAAUGUCAUCAUAUAGUAGAAUUAAUCUAAACAGUAUGUGUGCAUUUUAUUUGAAAGAAAUUGCUAUAAAUUUUUUUUAAAGAAAUAGCAUUUCAUGUACAUAAUGUGAAUUUGUAAAAAGGCGUGCUUGUAGGUAAAGAUAAAAUGAAGAAUUUUCACUUUAUGACUGCAUUUCAUGGCUUGUAUAUAAGAUUUUUUUAUUUACCUUUUUUGAAAAAUAAAAUAUUGUGAAAUACACCAUUGUUUCACAAAAUAUAGCAUAAAC